AUGAGGAUCAAGACAGGAGAACAGGAGAAAGGUGAUCUACAGCUGAUUGAUGGUGUAUCUAUCGUUGAUGAACUACUGACAUCAAGUAACCCAUGGACGAAUCGCAUUCAUGGAGAUUGUGGCGCAAUUGACAUAACUCAAAUGUGCAUUGAUUAUGCAUUUGAGGCGACUGUAGAAGUUGUCAUAUCAGAAGUGCAGAGUAGCUUUGAUUUGCUUCUCAGCUGUUUUACCAGUGGGCUGCAUGAGGAAAUUCGGCUCUUUGAUGGUGUGAUUGGCAAGUCACUUGGGUUGAGGAGGCAUGUGCUUGCUGUUAGGAAAGGGAAGUGUAUGGAUUUGAAGUUCAAGGUAGGCUUUGGGUCUGACUGUUGCACUGAACAUUGCCGUUCCUUCGAAGCGACCAAUCAUGGAUGUUCCAGUGAGCAAAUAAAGAUGGAGUCCGCUUUAGUCUUGGUGAAGGUGACUUGGUCGUCUUUGGAAUAUUCUCUAAAUUGA